AAUUGCUCGUCUGGAAAAUAAGUGGUAAAAAAUAAAUAAAAUGCAGAAAAAAAUACAGCGAUUACAGUGAGAAGGGAUUCAAAGAAACAGUAGAAAAGAGAUUUAUAGUCCGAAACAAUCUGUCUCCAUUAAAGGGUUCCAGUCUUCUCGAUAGAAAGAAGGAUUUUUAUUCUAUCCAAGCAUCAUAGUUUAUUUAUCAAGUUGAUUUGAAGCAGUCCCUAUGUUUUAUUCCAUAACUUCUAGUAACCCUUGCCCUCUUGCGUGACUCCAAAAACAGUAUCACACUAACAAUCUCCAUCCGCCAUCAUCGCUUUAGAAUAUAUCUUGUGAAUUUAUAGCCUCCUAAAAUCUUCAGCUCAUUCAGUUUUGACUUCUGAGUAGGAAAGUAUCAAUUUGACUAAAAAAGAUGACUGUGUUGUUUUGAACUUACAAAGGGAAACCAAACACAUUUUGUGUGGACAGCCGGAGUGAAGGACACAGAUUAGGCACACCAAUUUAAAAUUACGCUGAAAGUCAAAGAAGAGAGGAGUGAAAAUAGAAAUGACUUAGUAAUACAUAAAACAUUUAACUUUGAUUUAAAGGCUCCUUGAAGCCGCCCUGAAUUUAAACAUAAAAGCCGAUUUUUAAUCAUCAUUUUACUCUGUUCAUUCUCUCAGAAUGGAUCGGCGGCAAAUUUCCGACAGAAACGUGUGCGGUGGCGUUGGGACUACAUAUAGCAAUAAAUUAUUUUUGGCUUUUCCCUUUCUUUUCUUUUCUAUGACAACAUCACCACAAUUAGUUAUAUGGUAAUUUUUGGAAAAACAAAGCAAAUGAUGAGAUUUGUUUGAGCUUGUAGCUUUUGUUUCUAGAAAGCGCUCUUUUUUGGAACAAUAGGAGACACGAUUCUUUGUUGCUAAGAUAUUUUGAAUACCGCUGCUAGGAUAAAGGGGCCUGUAAAAGCUGAUUGCAUUAAGUCACUCUCCACCUUGAAGUCUGUGCGAAUGCUUCGGUCAGUGCCUUUGGGAAAAAACAGAAAUCAGAAAUUCCGGAUUGGCGAACGUGAAGUUAUUAGAGGAGGUUUGGGCACACAGACAACGUCGUUGACAAAAUAUCGAGAUGAUGACCCACGCAAAGAAAGGCAACUUUCAAAGUGUGAAGACGAGAAAAAGCGAAAGAAAAGAUAAAUGGAGCUCUGGUGGAUUAUUUUGGCUGGCUGUGGAGGAGGCCUUCUUCUUGUCGCUUAUGUGGCAGUUGUCAUGUACAAAAUAUGUCGUCGCAAGAAAAGGGUUCAGAUGAACCAAGCGGGGGAUCCUGAACGCUUCACUGAUGGUAAAGAUUGGGUAACUCACGUCAAUCCAAGCGUGGUCUCUGAGAGAACAGAAGACGGACUCUGUAUGGACACUAAAAGAGGUUCUACCAAAAUUCGUCGCAAAGCUUCCACUGUGCUUAUACCAAACACUUCUGUUAGCGAGAUUCCAGGGACUUCAGACGCAGUUCUUCGAUCCGUGCAAAGCGUUACAUCUCCGAAGGCUAACUCUGCAAAUAAACAAAACGGAUCUCGGCCGACGGUUGUCGAGAAGCAAGCAUCCACUGGACAAAAGUCACCUUCUGAUGAAAAAAGUAAGGCCGCACCUUCAAGUAACAGUCCUUGUCUGGUCCAAAGGUCUGAAUACACAUGGGAAACAUUGUUACGCCAACCAAGCGAUGUGAGAAAAAACCGAAGCCAGUCAUUUAACUGGGAAGUUUCGGAGCCAAGAAAACAAAACAUGACUACUCGCUCCUUGAAACUAAAAAGAGGUGAAGAAGGAAGGCGAUUUGUAAGAAGUAAAUCCCUCAAAGGAUACACACAGCGCGAGCUAGCCAUUCUAUCCACAGAGGAGAUGCCUCCAUCAACCGAACUAGUUCUUUCUGUAAAACGCGGUGGCGAAAACAAGAAAGGGAAGAGCCCCCAAGAAUCUGAGAAGGAUCAAAGCACAGACGCUGAUACACGGAAGAGAAUGUCUGUCAAAUCUAUGACUGCUGAGAAAAGCAUAAAAAUCAGCAGAUCAGGAUCUGCACCAUCCAUGACAGCUAAAGAGAAGGCAGUUAAAAAUGUAGAGGCAAUUAUCAAACCUCGAACGAAAUCGUAUACAUGGAUUCCAGAGCCAGACUACCAAUCGGUUUCCAUCGAAGAGAUCGUUUUAGCAAAUCGAGAAAAAAACAAAGUUAAUCGCGAAGAUCAGGUGUGCAUAGUGGAGAUUCGCAACGAACCAAAUGAUUCAGAUUCACACGUUAGCUUGUCUGCAGGAAACGAAGCCCAAAUGAUCGGUGCAGCGCAAGACGUGCCUAAUGAAGAGCAAUCGCAUGAAGAACAAAACGACUUCAGCACUAUAAUUGAUAUCGUUGAUAUUGCGGUUUCCUCACCGUGCCCAGGUGUUGCCAGAAGAGUAACAACAGUUAUGGAUGAUGACACCCCAAACACAAAGGAAACGGAGAAGACCAAGAUUCUAAUGGAAAGUAGCAUAAAAAGAGAAUUAUCUGUUAAAAACCAAGUUAAAAACUUGGAGGCUACGAUUACCAGUGAACAGCCAGUUACUCACCAUGACCAAACUUCAAAAACAGAAAGUAAUAACGCAGAUGAAACGAAUGUAUCUUUUGGAACUGAUAUUAACAAUAACGUCAAAACAUUGUCCGGUUUUAAUCAAAAGCCAAGUCCGAACAAAACGAUAACAGUAGAGGCAACAGUCCACAAUAUCCCUAAUGACCAUCCUCCUUUCACAACCAAACCAUCUGAGGUCAGAUCGAUUGGAAAAUUGACUAUCGUCAAAAAUGUCGACGUGCCUUACUACCAGAAAACACAGGAUUCGCGAAAGAGUAUCGAUAAAGCCUCCUCUAUUGUUACAAGGCAAUCAUCUAAUGCAAUGUUGAUUGGAAAUGGGGGACUUUCAACGGGGAAAACCGAUGAAAUUCAUAAAAUUGAGACCUCGCCGAUGCCUCCGCCUGUACCCUACUCAAUACAACCACGGGCUUCUAGCCAAACGCAGGACACCACCAAAAUAACUAUUUUAUCGAAAGAUAAUCAGAAAAAUAGCGACGCAGUCCCUCAGCUGACCUCGGCGGAGGUACUUCAAAGGGCGUUACAAAAAUCUGUGAAAGGCAAUGCAGUGAACUUACCGCUAACAACGACAACACCAACACCAACUAAAACGUCAACAACAGCAAAGGAGGUAGACACCGAGCUUACUUUAGAAGAAAAGAAGAAAGUGUGGAAGCGAGAACAAAUAGUGGAUCAGCUGCAUGCCGCUCGGACAAGAAAUGAAAACCAGAGCUACGUAUUUGGCACAGGACUGGCUUACCAGUCUUGCAUGCCUGAACUGCAGAACAGGCUUAAACAAUUAACACUUACAAAAUGAAUUCAAGGAUGGAAUAAUGCCAGAAUGUUAACCACUCAAGAAAGACCUUACAAACUGUUCCAUAAAAACGCUCUUCUGGUCAAUAAAAUAGAGCUUCCUCGUCAAUGGUUAACUAUAAGCUAGCCCGGUGUGGUUUUUAAUUGUUGUUAGAAUCGCAGCCGGAAUUUCUAGAAACUUUUAGUGGCCGAAGAUUCUCAAUGAAAUAUUCUAUGUCAAAUAUAAGUAAUUGACGUACUAUCGACGAGUAUAAGUCAACACAUUAUACGGAUAUGGAAAGAGGUUCGACUAGCCUCUAAAUUCUAUUAUUAAAUAAAGAAAUAAUACAUUAUCGUA